GAGAAAGAUAAAUCUCAAAGCGACUCUGAAUUGUUAUAUAACGUUAUCAACUUUCUAAAUUUAACUGAAUUAACAGAUGUUAAUAUUUUAAAAGAUAAAUAAUUAAGUAUUUCUUCUAUUUUACAUUAACACUCAUAUGUCAAGAAUAGGAAGAAGAAUUGAUAAAAGAAGUCAUCAAAGCUUGCCAAAACGAUAAAAUGCUACUUAAUAUGACUAAUCAAUUAAAGAUAAAUAGGAAAAGAAUUAAUCAAUUCUUAAAAAAUACUAACAAACUACGAAAGUCGGCUAACAAACUUCUAAAUAGAGAUAGGAAGAGAAAUGAAGUUUCUAAGAGUACACAAUAAUUAUAAUUAUGUCGAUAACAAACUAAUACUUUUCAAUAUUCUAAGAUUACAAACAGAAAAGCCGGAAAAAAGCAUUCCAUGUACUAAAGUCUAAAACGAAAGAAAACAUAUAUAAUUCUCAUCAUGUUUAUUCAAUGACAGAGGAAUCAUUUAAAACUAAUAAGUUUGAAUUGACACAAACGUUAGUUUCGUAUUACAAAUUGUAACUUUUUAUCCAGUUUUUAUUUCAACAGCUUGUUUUGCCUUUAUUAUUAGAAAUACAUAUUUUUACAUAUAUUAAUUAGGUAUACUACUAAUAAGGAAGGGGAUGAUACAGUGCUCGACGUUGGGGAUAGUGAAAUUAACGUUUUUUCUUUAACUAGACUACCAGAAUCGAAUAUGUUGAACAUUGAUGGAAAUGAAACGACUAUAUCGUCUACUAUGUCAGUUUUCAAGAUGAAAGACUCCACUGGUAAUUUUGUUAAAUUUAAGGACGCCGUUGAAACAUCUAGCAAAGGAAUAAGUGGAAAUUCUUGUAAAAUAGACGUUUCUCGUAUGAAAUGUAGGAAAACAAUUAAAAAGGGGAAAAAGAAGAUUUAUAGAUAUAGAAAAAAAAUGAAAAAAACUACUUAUAAAGUAUUCAAGAAGGAAAAUCGAUCAGGAGAGAAACUACAUGAACAAUCAUUAUUAGCAGAUGAGGUUAUUAAUUUAACUGAAAAAGAUAAUAGAAUUUCUAGACAAACGACAGCAGCCAAGUUUAAGCUAACGAAAGAUGCUGAUCAAUCAAAAGAGAAUAUGGAUAUAAAGAAAUUGUUUGAUGAUAAUCCGUGCUUAAUUCGAGCUGAAAAUUAUUAUUAUAAUGCUAUUAAACAUUUCUUUAUGGAGAAUAAAUAUAAUUUAUCUAAGGAUACGGAAGAUAAAAUGAUUGCUAAUACUCUUCAGCACUUACGAGAUAAAUUGCAAGAUACUUUUACAAUGAAUUCUAUUCCAUUAAAAAAUGCGUUACAAGUUUAUAAAAAUUUAGAAAUUCCCCUAAAAUCUUAUCUUUAUGGUAAAGAUCAAGAUUUCCUUAUCUAUUUUAAAGAGAAUUCAACAAUGGUUAAAAAACGAUGUAACAAUAUUGAAUAUUUAGAAAAUAUUCAUUAUUAUUUACCAUUAUUUGAUAAACCUAAUGAAAUGGAUAACGAUUCUCUCCAAAGUUUUAUCGAUAAGAAUUUUGAAAAUGGUACAGCUACAGUAAAAGAUAAGGCAGAGAUAAAUGUAUUAUUCAAUAUUUCUAUUAUCCUUCCAAUAAAUGAAUCCUUAUUUUCUUUCUUUUUCCAGGAAAUUGAUUAUGCAUAUUUAUCUAAAAAUAUCAUGAAAAAUUAUCUGGAAUACUUGAAAAAAGAAAGGAAGUAUGGUAAAAAAUUAACUUCAUUCAAUAAUGAUACUACUCAGUAUACACAUUCAAUUCCAUUAAAAACGGCGCCAAUGACGCUCGGCACUACUGUUAAUGAGGAGAAAGCUAUAAUUUAUCCUCGACUUAAAUCCAUAAGUAAACCUGAAACUAGAAAAUUAUCGUCAAAUUUAACGCUGACCAUUGAUUUACAUCAAUUACCAAAUGAUUUAGAAAUUGCAGGCAACCGUAAACUUUUAUCACAAAGAAUUAGUCAAACGAACAAGGAAGUAGCUAAUCUAAACGAACCGCCUACACCAUCUACCGGUUAUAUUAUAGACGCUUACAAACUGAAUAAAAUUACUAAUCCGCUAAACUGUUCAACACAAAAGAAAAAGGAUAUUAAAUCUUUAAGAGAAAAAUAUUCAAAUUUUGCAAAAAAACCCUUAAAUAUAUCAUUUAAGGAUUUUAUAAGAAAUCCUAUGACAGUCAAUUCGAGAAAAGAUAAUAUUAAAUUAAACAUCGUGAAUAAACAGACAAAGGAACUGUCUCAUAAAUUCCCUUCGAUUAAUAAAUCAAGAUUUAAAAAUGGAGAUAGAUUUCCAAUAUAUACAAGAAAUUUAACGGCAAAAUUUGAUUUAUAUCCUACAUACAGUAGUAGUGCCAAGAGAACUAGCAGGAUUAAGAAUGAAUUUGAAGAGAAUCCUUACUUUGAUCUAACAAUUCAGAAAAUUAAAGUAUUUUCAAAGAAUUCAAUAACAAAUCGAAAAAAACCAAAUCUAAAAUCUUUGAAAUUAAGAAAUUUACGAAUCAAUGAAAUCAGCAGUGAUAUCGGACAAUUUCAAAGAGCUCUCAAACUUCAAACUAUGAAUAAAGUUGGUGGUACAAUCUUUGUAAGAUCUUCCCCCGAUAGCUUUGAUUCUAAAGAUAAUAUUCCAAGACUGCCGAAUAGUUCAGUUGCAAAUUCAACAGAAUCUUUAAAAUUAUGGGAUAAUACAACGCCUGCAAACUCUCUCCAACCGAAUCGACAAACAACAACUCCUACUCACGAAGUUGGAGUCAAAGAUAAAGAUGAACAAAUUAAUCGAAUUGAUAGUCUUUUAAGUGAUUUCUCUUUAAAGAAUAGCUGGAAAUCGGAUAGAAAGGAUAGCGGGGGAACAACUAUGGAUAUCGAUAGCGAUAGCGUCUUUUCAAUUGAUAGUAAAGAAUUAAGAAAGGCUGUUGUUGAAAUUCGAGAUUGGAUACUUGGAAAAAAUACUAUACAAAACAUCUACAAAAUAUGUAAAUCACUACUCAAACCUGCAUUAACAAUCAUUAUUAGUAAUUGUUCGGAAAAUGAAAGGAAACACCAAUUCUUACAGAUUAAUAAACUACUCAGUUCGUUGAAAAGCUACAUGACAAAUACAUCUAUAAAUAGUCGAAACAGUUUAUCUAUUAAAAGAUCUGACGGAACUGUCAUUAAAACUGAUAUAUUACAAGAGAGUUUAACCAUAGAAGAUAUAGACGCUUUGAAAGAAUAUAUUACAUCAUCCGGUUUAUCCAAAGAUAUAAGAACUUCUAUAGAAGGAAUUCAAGAUUGGGCCGAAGGUUAUCUAUCCACCAACAUGCUUUCCCAAAUUCUUCGGAAUAGAGAUAAGAAUGAAUUAAACAAAAUAAUUGACUCAUUUUCUCAUAACACAGACAAUCAAAAAGUGAAGGAUUUGACAACAUUGAUUAAAUACUUGUCAAAUAUUGAUUCUCAUCAGAACAUUAGAGAAAAAGAAGUGAAUUUGAAAGAUAACUUUACGGCCCAACUAACUAAAUCCAUCUCGAGAAACAAACAACAAAAGACAGAGAAUACUCAAUCUUUUCUUAAUUCAAUUAUGAGUGUACAUAGUCCAAUUAAAGACGAAGAUAAAUUUAGAAGAAACAAAUUAAAUUAUUAUAGAAUAUCGUCUUGCCUUAUGAAAUCGAAGCAUAGAAGAUUUUUACAAAGAAUCUUCUCAAAAUAUAACCAAUCCGCUAAUCCUAUAAUACAAUCGAAUUAUCCUCAAUCAUUAACAUUUCAAAAAUAUCAUAAAUGUUCAUUAAUUGUUAAGAAUGUAAAAGAAAUGGACAUUGGUAGGCAUAUAACUUGUCUAAUAGAAAAACUCAUUAGUAUUUAA